AUGUCUUUGCCUUUUUAUCAGAAGUUCCAUGAGCACUAUGAUCAAAGCUACCGCAACAAGGACCUCCGUACCACCACGAGCCAGUACCAGCAGGAGAAGAAGCGCUCAGCCAUCUAUACUCAUGGCUCCACAGCCUACAGCAGCCGCUCCUCAGCCGCCCAUCGCCAGGAAUCACAGGCUUUCAGCCAGGCUUCCUCCUACCAGCAGCAGGGUUCUCAGGCCUAUAGUCUGGGAGCCACAGAGUACUCCCUUGGGUCUGAAGUCAGUCGGAAGGCAGCCUCAGCCUACGAUUAUGGAUACUCCCAUGGACUUACAGAUUCCAGUCUGUUGCUAGAAGAUUAUUCAUCCAAGUUGAGUCCCCAAACAAAGAGAGCCAAGAAGAGCCUUCUUUCUGGAGAGGAGAAAGAGAAUCUGCCCGGUGACUACAUGGUGCCCAUUUUCUCAGGACGCCAAGUCCAUGUCAGUGGAAUUACAGAUACAGAGGAACAAAGAAUUAAAGAAGCUGCUGCAUACAUAGCCCAGAGGAAUCUUCUUGCCAGUGAAGAAGGAAUCUCAACAUCCAAACAGUUGACAGCAUCCAAACAGUCCAUGGCAUCCAAACAGUCCACAUCCAUUCUUCAACAGGAGGAGGCUUUGAAGAAGAAGUCAAGGAAAGUUGCAAUUCGAGAAAAGGCAGAACACCUGUCUCUGAGGAAAACAUUAGAAGAAACUGAGGCAUAUCAUAGAAAGUUGAAUGAAGAUAGUCUUCUUCACGCUCCCGAGUUCAUCAUCAAACCUCGUUCGCACACUGUGUGGGAGAAAGAGAAUGUAAUAUUGCACUGCUCCGUAUCAGGCUGGCCAGAACCUCGUCUCACGUGGUACAAAAACCAGGUUCCUAUAAAUGUCCAUGCAAAUCCUGGAAAAUAUAUUAUUGAAAGUAGAUACGGAAUGCACACUUUGGAGAUAAACGCAUGUGAUUUUGAAGACACAGCUCAGUACCGGGCCUCUGCGAUGAACGUUAAAGGAGAGCUUUCAGCAUACGCUUCCGUUGUGGUAAAGAGAUAUAAAGGAGAGUUUGAUGAGACUUGCUUCCAUGCUGGGGCUUCUACCCUUCCUCUCAGCUUUGCUGUUACUCCUUACGGUUAUGCAUCCAAGUUUGACAUCCACUUUGAUGACAAGUUUGAUGUGUCUUUUGGGAGAGAGGGUGAGACGAUGAGUCUAGGCUGCCGUGUAGUUAUCACUCCCGAAAUUAAACAUUUCCAGCCAGAGAUCCAGUGGUACAGAAAUGGGGCACUUGUCUCUCCAUCAAAAUGGGUGCAAACACACUGGAGUGGAGAACGAGCAACACUGACAUUUUCUCAUCUCAACAAAGAAGAUGAAGGCCUCUAUUCAAUUCGUGUGCGAAUGGGAGAUUAUUACGAGCAAUACAGUGCUUAUGUCUUUGUUCGAGAUGCUGAUGCGGAGAUUGAAGGUGCUCCAGCUUCUCCUUUGGAUGUGAUGUGCUUAGAUGCCAACAAAGAUUAUAUCAUCAUCUCUUGGAAACAGCCAGCUGUAGAUGGAGGGAGUCCUAUUCUGGGAUAUUUUAUUGAUAAAUGUGAGGUGGGCACAGAUACCUGGUCUCAAUGCAAUGACAUACCUGUGAAGUUUGCCCGUUUCCCAGUCACUGGAUUGAUAGAGGGGCGUUCCUAUAUAUUCCGAGUUCGAGCUGUGAAUAAAAAUGGCAUAGGUCUACCAUCCCGAGUGUCUGAGCCUGUGGCUGCUCUGGAUCCAGCUGAGAAAGCUAGACUCAAAAGUCGCCCUUCAGCACCCUGGACUGGACAGAUAAUUGUCACUGAAGAGGAACCUACAGAGGGUAUCAUUCCUGGGCCUCCUACAGACCUUUCUGUGACUGAGGCCACCCGAAGCUAUGUGGUGCUAAGCUGGAAGCCUCCUGGCCAGCGUGGCCAUGAAGGCAUUAUGUACUAUGUGGAAAAGUGUGAAGCUGAGACACAAAACUGGCAGCGGGUGAACACAGAGCUCCCAGUGAAGUCCCCCCGCUUUGCUCUGUUCGACUUAGCUGAGGGAAAAUCCUACUGUUUCCGCGUCCGCUGUGCUAAUUCCGCUGGAGUUGGGGAACCCUCAGAGGCAACGGAAAUGACUGUGGUAGGAGACAAGCUUGAUAUCCCCAAGCCCCCCAGCAAAAUCAUACCAAGUAGAAACACAGAUACCUCAGUGGUGGUCACUUGGGAGGAAUCCAAAGAUGCAAAAGAGCUGGUGGGGUACUACAUAGAGUCAAGCAUUGUUGGCUCUGGCACAUGGGAGCCCUGCAACAACAACCCCGUGAAGGGCUCACGAUUUACUUGUCAUGGAUUAGUGACUGGUCAGAGUUAUAUUUUCCGAGUCAGAGCAGUUAAUGCAGCUGGACUUAGUGACUAUUCACAGGAUUCAGAAGCUAUCGAAGUAAAAGCUGCUAUUGCGACACCAUCUCCACCCUAUGAUAUCACUAGUCUUGAAAGUUUUCAUGACUCAAUGGUUCUUGGCUGGAAGCAACCAGAUAAAACUGGAGGGACUGAAAUUACUGGCUAUUAUGUGAACUAUCGUGAAGUAAUUGACGGAGUACCAGGAAAAUGGAGAGAAGCCAACAUUAAGGCUGUCAGUGAUCAGGCAUACCAGAUAAACAACUUGAAGGAAAACAUGGUAUAUCAGUUCCAAGUGGCAGCCAUGAACAUUGCUGGAUUAGGAGAAUUCUCAGCAGCAAGUGAAUUGUUCAAAUGUGAAGAAUGGACAAUUGCUGUUCCAGGACCUCCACACAAUCUCAAGUAUAGUGAAGUCAGGAAAAACUCUCUGGUCCUCCAGUGGAAGCCUCCAGUCCACUCUGGGCGGACCCCAGUGACUGGUUACUUUGUGGAUAUGAAGGAGGCCAGUGCCAAAGAUGACCAGUGGCGAGGACUCAACAAGGCGGCUAUUAAAAACAAGUACCUUAAGGUGCAUGACCUCAAGGAGGGUGUCAGCUAUGUCUUCCGCGUCCGAGCCAUAAACCAGGCAGGUGUUGGGAAGCCGUCUGACCUUGCCGGUCCUGUGGUGGCAGAAACACGUCCAGGAACCAAAGAGGUUGUUGUAAGUGUGGAUGAUGAUGGCAUCAUUUCUUUGAACUUUGAAUGUGAUCAGAUGUCUCCAAAUUCUGAGUUCACCUGGUCCAAGGAUUAUGUGCCCACUGAGGACUCUCCACGGUUAGAAGUUGAAAGCAAAGGCAACAAGACAAAAAUGACCUUUAAGGAACUUGGGAUGGAAGACUUGGGAAUUUAUUCCUGUGAUGUAUCAGAUACUGAUGGAAUAGCUUCAAGCUACUUAAUAGAUGAAGAAGAAUUGACACGUCUACUUGCUCUCAGCCAUGAACACAAAUUCCCAACUGUUCCAGUUAAAUCAGAACUGGCAGUUGAAAUUUUGGAUAAGGGGCAGGUCCGGUUUUGGAUGCAGGCUGAGAAGCUGUCUCCCAAUGCCAAAGUCAACUUCAUAUUUAACGACAAUGAAAUUUCUGAGGGGCCGAAAUAUAAGAUGCAUAUUGAUCGAAACACUGGUAUAAUUGAAAUGUUUAUGGAAAAGCUACAGGAUGAGGAUGAGGGAUCAUAUUCUUUCCAGAUUCAAGAUGGAAGAGCAACUGGCCAUUCUACUCUUGUUCUCAUUGGAGAUGUAUAUAAAAAGCUCCAGAAAGAAGCUGAAUUCCAGCGGCAAGAAUGGAUCAGGAAACAAGGUCCACAUUUUGCUGAGUAUUUGAGUUGGGAAGUGACUGGUGAAUGCAACGUACUACUGAAAUGCAAGGUGGCAAAUAUUAAGAAGGAAACGCUUAUUGUGUGGUACAAAGAUGAGAGAGAGAUAUCAGUGGAUGAAAAACAUGAUUUUAAGGAUGGUAUAUGCACCCUGCUUAUAACAGAGUUUUCCAGGAAAGAUGCUGGGAUUUAUGAAGUGAUCCUGAAAGAUGACCGAGGGAAAGAUAAGAGCAGAUUGAAGCUUGUGGAUGAAGCCUUUAAAGAACUGAUGACUGAAGUAUGUAAGACAAUCGCGUUGUCUGCUACAGACUUGAAGAUCCAGAGCACUGCCGAGGGUAUCCGGCUCUACUCCUUCGUUACCUACUACCUGGAGGAUUUGAAAGUCAACUGGUCUCACAAUGGAACUGCUAUUAUGUACUCAGAUAGAGUUAAGAGUGGGGUCACUGGAGAACAGAUCUGGUUACAAAUCAAUGAGCCGACUCCCAAUGACAAAGGGAAAUAUGUAAUGGAGCUCUUUGAUGGCAAAACUGGACACCAGAAGACAAUAGAUCUUUCUGGACAAGCAUAUGAUGAAGCCUUUGCUGAAUUCGAGAGGUUAAAACAAGCUGCCAUUGCAGAGAAAAAUCGUGCCCGUGUGCUGGGCGGCCUCCCAGAUGUGGUCACCAUUCAGGAGGGUAAAGCCCUUAAUCUCACCUGCACCGUGUGGGGUGAUCCUGCUCCAGAGGUCUCCUGGAUGAAGAAUGAGAAGACUUUGGCCUCAGACGACCACUGCACCCUUAAGUUUGAGGCAGGAAAAACAGCUUACUUCACCAUCAAGGGAGUGACCAGCUCUGACUCGGGCAAAUAUGGCCUGGUGGUGAAGAACAAGUAUGGCACGGAGAUCAGUGACUUCACCAUCAGCGUGUUCAUCCCCGAGGAAGAGGUCAGGAACGCAGUCUCAGAGCCGCUGAAAGGAAACAAAAAGUCCAAGUGA